GCAAGAAAGUCGUCGCAGCCGAGUGGAACAUCGGCCGUCGCUUGCCCGCGCGGUGCCAACACUGUUCUCAGCUGUCUUCAUGCGUUAGCACCGAAGCUGUCGAAGCCUUCCACAAGUGAUUGCCUGUCGGUGAGCGCGAUACCGGAUGCCAGAGCAGGGAAAGAUGGCAGACGACGAGUACGGGUACGAGCACCGCGACCCGCGCCUGCUGCAGAGCAUCGAGUCGAGCCAGACGCUGCCGCAGGACGAGGAGGCCGACGCCAGCGCCAAUGCCAACGCGGACAGCGGAAGCGUGCGCUCCGACGCGGAUGCGGACGCCACAGAUGGCCUCUCCGCUUCCGGGCAGCGGCUGUCGUUCAGUUCGAGCACGGGCUCCACCGGCGCCGGACCGGACGACGACGACAGGCGCAGCUCGUUCGGUUCCGACCUGGGUGCGGCGACGCAGAAGCAGCAGCAAGAGCGCAAGGCGCGCCCGAACCCGCCGGCGCCCUCUCUGCGCAGCCGCAAGAAGAUGUCCGCCGCCGCCAGCGACGCCGACGACGCCACCGUCAAGGAGGAGGACUUGCCGCAGAAGUUCCAGGUCAAGUACCUGGGCUUCCGCGACGCCAGCGGGCUCUGGGGCAUCAAGCACACGCGCAAGCCGGUGGACGCGCUCGUGGCGGCUGCCAAGUCGCUCAAACAGGGCACCGUGCUGCCCAUAGUCAACGUCACCGUCUCUAUCGACGGGCUCACCAUCACCGCCGACAAGAAGCACGACGACGUCAUCGGCUUCUUCCCGGUGGACACCAUCUCGUACGGCGUGCAGGACUUGGUGUACACGCGCGUCUUCUCCAUGAUAGUGGUGCGCGAGGUGACCGACAGCAAGUCGCAGCACCCGUUCGAGUGCCACGCGUUCGUCUGCGACAGCCGCUUCGGCGCCCGCAAGAUCACGUACGCCCUCGCGGCCGCUUUCCAGGCGUACAGCCGGAGCGCUAAAGGCCAAGGCAAGGUGCCGCAGAAGCGCUUCGCCAUCGACCUGCGAGUGCCGGAGCAAAUUGUCGAAGUCGAUCAGGAGAUGCCCGACUCCGAAGCGUAAGCUGCCUAUUACUUUCUCGUGAGGCCACUGCCGCAUCUGCACCUCAGAAACAAUCUCCGAUGCUACUAUCGUACUGUUGUCACUUCUAUGGUGGUGGAAAAGUGUGUAUGGCGGGCAUUACUGUGGAACUUUCCCCACUCUCACCAGGUUCCCACAGUCUGCCAAAUCAAUCGUGUGAUUCGUUUCUCGAGUAUAGUUUUGAGAGAAGACUGAAUUAAAUCAUUUACAUGGACAGUCUUUUCUAACUGUUGUGCUUCAGUUAUUGGAGACCCAUCAAAACUGUAGUCUCAGAUCGAACAUAUUCUCUGUUUUGCUGUACCCCCUCCCUAUUAUCUUUUGUUUCACUUUACUUGAAGAAAGGUGAUUACAAGUUAAAUGUGCAUCUUUCUUUGGCGAAUUGAAAUUAGUAGUAGCACCAGAGGUUGCGGUCAGCCAUUUCUACUCGCAAGAUGCGAAACAUGUAAUUCAGUGCAAUCAGUACAUCGCAGAACUGGAAAAGCUUCAUUUGUAAAUAUCAGUAAACUCUGGACCGUAAUGUUGGUGUUACGUAGUUUCACGUCUAAAAUUCGUUUUUAUGGUGACUCCAUUAUUAGUACAGCCAAGCAGUGCAGUGUCCAUUGUAAAAUUUGGUAUGUCAACUACUUCAGAAAUAUACUCACAUGAAAACAGCCCCCCCCCCCAAUAAAUUUUAAUACCUACACGACAUUCAUAAUUUUAGCGCUAAAUAUAUGCCGUGCUUCCAUACGAGAUACAUAGUCUGGAACCUUCAAAAAAUUCGACAAACUUCUUCAGAUAUUUUCAAAUUUCUGCACUCAGUGAUACAUAGAAUCAUGUGAUAUGACACUGCCGUAAUAUGUUUGUGACAAGACUCGAACGAGAAAGACACAAUAUUACAGUUUGUUCAGAUGCUCUGCUCUUGAUAACGAGUGUUGUAUACAGCUACUGUCGAAGGCACGACGCACGUUAUCAGAACAUCGUGUCGCUGAUAUAGGGCUUAUACAACGGUCCCACAGUCUGUAACUUUACACGUGACUUUUACUGAGUGCACUUGAACUAAACAAAUACAUCUUGUUGUAGCAAUAAUUUAGGUGUACGGAACGCGAAUAUUUGAACUGUGAAAUUGUUUAAAAUUGUCGUGAGUAGGCUAUUUUGCGUAUCUUUCCAUUACGAAGCAGAUCAUACUAAUACCUAUCAGCAUGUAUAAAGUUAGUUUCACAAAAUAUAUGUGUUCCUAAAAUUUAUGUACUUGCAAACAAAAACUUAUUUAACAUUAUCGCUGCACCAUGGACGUUCAUAGAAGAUGCUGACAAACUCUAUAGUUUUAUUUUGUUCACUUUUCAUUGAAUGUAUCCGUGAAUUUCAAAUAAAAAGUAUAUGAAUGCAUUGGAAUAACGACA